UUCCACCUUCACACCCCAUACCCUUCCAAAAAGCCUUUGCCCUUUUCUUCUCCGUCUUUACUCUCUCUUCUCUCUCUCCUUUCUUUCUUUCUUUCAUCAUCAAGUUCAGUUCAAGAACAAGUGAAGUGGGUCUAGUUCCUCUGACACUGAAACCGACGCAUCUAUCUUUUCAUUCCCUUCCCUUCUUAUCAUGCUCCAGAGUGAUUACUUCUCCCAUCAAUCCAACCCUACAACACCCAAUUCCGCAACAACUCCUUCUACCAUGACUGCCAAGCGCACCAUCGAUUAUCCACCCGGCACAGCCGGAGGAGAUUCAUCAGACGACAACCCUCUUCGCAAGAGGCGGAAUUUAUCUCUCACCGAGGCUGCCACCACCGUUUCCGGUGAAACGUCAGCCGCGGAGGAAGUUUCCGCCGCCGCCGCCGCCGUUUUAGAUGGUGAACCUUCUGGGUUGAGACUGUUGGGUCUUUUACUACAGUGUGCUGAGUGUGUCGCAGUCGAGAAUCUCGACCAGGCCAACGAGCUUUUACCGGAGAUUUCUGAAUUAUCGUCACCGUUCGGAUCGUCGCCGGAGCGAGUCGCGGCCUACUUUGCAGAGGCGCUUCAAGCUAGAAUUAUCAGUUCUUGUCUAGGCUCAUACAUGCCUUUAUCCAUUAAAGCACUGUCACAAAUCCGAACACAGAAGAUCUGCAAUGCCUUCCAAUUCUUCAAUUCCAUCAGCCCAUUAGUAAAAUUCUCCCACUUUACAGCAAAUCAAGCAAUCUACCAAGCCCUGGAAGGCGAAGAUCAAGUCCACAUAAUCGAUCUCGACAUCAUGCAGGGUCUCCAAUGGCCAGGAUUGUUCCACAUCUUAGCUUCCCGAUCUAAGAAAAUCCGUUCCCUCCGUGUCACCGGUGUAGGAUCGUCAAGCGACCUUCUUGAAGCCACGGGUCGUCGUUUAGCCGACUUCGCGAGUUCACUCGGUCUACCCUUUGAGUUCCAACCACUGGAAGGGAAAGUAGGAAGCUUGACUGAGCUGAGUCAACUCGGUGUCAGGACAGGAGAAGCAACAAUAGUACACUGGAUCCACCAUUGUUUAUACGACAUCACAGGGAGCGAUCUGGGUACGUUGAGAUUGUUGAGUUUGAUGAGACCCAAAUUAAUAACGAUCGUUGAACAAGAUCUAAGCCAUAGAGGGAAUUUCUUAGGGAGAUUUGUGGAAGCUUUGCAUUAUUACUCGGCUCUGUUUGAUGCGUUGGGAGAUGGAUUGGGUGCGGAUAGUUCAGAGAGGUAUCAGGUGGAGCAGCAGUUGUUUGCGUUGGAGAUUAGGAACAUUGUGGCCGUUGGUGGGCCGAAGAGGACGGGGGAGGUGAAGAUUGAGAGAUGGGGAGAUGAGUUGACUCGGAUGGGUUUUCGACCCGUUACUUUGGCGGGUAACCCGGCGGCGCAAGCUAGUCUUUUGCUUGGGAUGUUCCCUUGGAGAGGGUAUACCUUAGUAGAGGAGAAUGGUUGUUUGAAACUGGGUUGGAAGGAUUUGUCCUUGUUGACUGCCUCUGCAUGGCAGCCGUCCGAUUAGAUAGGGUUGGAUCAUCAUGAUCAUAAACAUGAGAGAAUAAUGGAGGAGGAAGAAGAAGGAGACAGGGCAGGCAUGGACUGAUGUUGUUUGCCUAAUUCUUGUUCUUUGAUUGUUUAGUUUUUGGUGGGGACUUUUACGUCCUUUCCUUCCCAAUGGUUCUCUAACUUUUGAGUACAUUUUUCAAUUGAUAGAGACAUUUCUUCUGAAUUCCAUUGACCUUAUUUUUAAAGAUAUUAUUAUUAUU